AUGUCGGAUGUUGGUCAGUUUGUGGAACCGACUUCGGCACCGGGUGCUACUGUGGUUGGGAUUUUGCAGAGUGCAAUUACCAUAGGAGAAGCACUGGAAGCUACAGCACAGGCAACAGGUAACAAGCCAGUUGAUCAGAGCGAUGCUGCUGCUAUUCGAGCAGCAGAGGUGAGAGCAACUGGUAGCGCCGUUAUAAUCCCAGGUGGCCUAGCUGCUUCAGCUCAGUCUGCAGCGAAUUACAAUGCGGCAAUGCUCCGUGAUGAAGACAAGGUUAAGCUUAGCGCCGUCUUAACGGGUGCGACUGCCAAGUUGUCCUCAGAUAAGGUGGUGACAAGGGCAGAUGCUGAAGGGGUCUCCAGUGCAGAGAGGAGAAACAAUCCGAAUUUUACUGCUCAUCCUGGUGGCGUUGCUGCGUCAUUGACUGCGGCUGCUAGGCUCAAUGAGAAUGUCAAUGGGUGA